GAAGGCGGAAUUUAUCUGAAUAUAGGUGGGGAAAAUAAAGUGACGUAGAAACAUAAACCACUGCUGUGACUUUUCAAAUUAAAAGCUUUAGAAUCAGAAUCAGAAGAUCUUUAUUGCCAGGUGUAUUCCGGCCCAGUGUUCACAGGAUACAGUUAUUGUAGACUAACAAAUUAGCAUUAUAUGAUUUUUUUUUUAUUACAUUGGUACAGCUCAACUCUCAGUAAUCGACAUCACCCAACCUGUCUACAACUCUUUGUUUAGUAGCUCCUGUUUUGUUGUUAGAGCAUAGUGCAUUCUACAGGACAUGUGGUGCAUUACGUUACAAUACCCCAGCAAGUCAUGGGUGGAGCUUUGCUGGUGUCAGCUGGGUGGGAACAACAACAGGUGAAAUACAAGUAUGGAUGGAGAUGGGUGGAGUGAAACAGAGGAAGAGCAAGCAGGAGCAGAGAGCACAAGUCAGUCAGGAGAAACAGGUAGAUGUCGGAAAGUUGUCAACAUAGUUUUGAUCAUCUCUACAAAGGCAUAUUCUUCUUCAGACCUCCCCAGUAUUUUUGAAGAUGGCAAGGAACCUUGUUUUUACAGCAUCAACACUGAACAUUGGACUGGAUGUGCGAGUCUGACUGAGCAGCCCGCUGGAAUGGAUCAAGAAGACUGCUUCGAUUUCUUGUUCAAGAUUAUUUUAAUUGGAGACACAGAUGUUGGAAAAACAUCUGUGAUUCAGAGAUUUAAGACUGGGAACUUCUCUGAGAGGCAGCAGAGCACUAUCGGAGUGGACUUCAUUGUUCGAACCCUCAACAUCCAAGGCAGAAAAAUAAAGAUGCAGGUUUGGGACACAGCAGGACAGGAGCGUUUCCGCACCAUCACACAGAGCUACUACCGCAGUGCUCAUGCAGCUAUGAUCACCUACGAUAUCACCCGCAAAUCCACGUUCAAUGCUGUACCACAAUGGAUCAAAGAGAUGGAGCAGUAUGGAGCUGCCAAUGUCCUAAUGGCCAUCAUAGGUAACAAGUGUGAUCUGGAGUCUGAGAGAGAGGUUGAGUUUAAUGAAGCAUGCACACUAGCGAAGCAAAAAGGAAUUGUAGUAGCACUGGAAACCUCAGCAAAGGAAGCCCAGAAUGUGGAUCAAGCCUUCAUUGUGAUGGCACGUGAGCUACUGGCAAGCAAUGGACUGGCUGUAAAGGAGGACGGUUAUUACAUGGAUUCUCCACACAUAUUACUGCAAUCCAACACCAAAGCAAUUAACAGUCCCACAAACACAGAGGAGAAAAAGACAUGCGAGUGUUAACACUGGACUUUUACUUUUAAGUUUACACUUUUUUGAUUCUAAUUUUUGUUCAUUCCAAACUAAAGCGAGUUCAUUUUAAUUACAAACUAUUUUCAUCUCACCGUCUGACACUGUUUUACUGUCGUUGGUGAAACAUACUACAAAUAUAUAUUUUUCAUAUCAGACUCCAACAAUAAAUAUUGCGAAGCAGAUAUACAGUUAACCUCUCAAUAGCAGCACUUUUAAGUGUUUAAUUUUGUUUAGUAAGUUUAUUCACACAGCUGACUGAUAUACAUCAAGCACAUUAAAAACACGGUAUACUUUAUGUAGUAUCACCAGAAAUAUUCCUAUGUAGCACGUCGCCAGACAAACAAAUUUAACUGGGGUUUACAAAUAAAGGAAAUGAUAAACGCUGAACAUGGAGGUAUUUCAUUGUCACUUCAGUUAUUUAUCCCUUGUAGGUACAUAUUGAUAUGAUGAUUUUGUAGACACCACAAAGUGUUCCUGAGGUUGAUGUCUAUGUUCGGAUUGAUUUGCUGACUGUGAUAUUAAACUAAGAUUUUUAGCCA